AUGAGUAAUAAAAAUAAAGUAUAAGACAAAUUUUGCAAAUAUGAAAUAUUGGAUAAUCCAUUAUAUAUUAUACCCAUUAUCGCAACAGAAUAUUUUAAAUGGAAUUUACCAAACAAUAGCAUGGAAAUAUUAAAGAAAGAAUUAAAAUUUACAUAUAAGAGCAAUCCUGAUAGAAGUAAAAUAAAUGAUUUUUUAGAGAAGGAACUAAAAAAUUUGAAAUAAUUAAUUUUAUCAUUUAAAAUCUCUGAACCUGAAGAACUUGAACCUGAAGAACUUAAACCUGAAGAACUUAAACCUGAAGAACUUGAACCUGAAGAACUUGAAUCUGAAGAACUGACAGAGAAUAUAAUGGAUUAGCUUAUAAAUGAUGAUUUUAUGAUUGAAAAGUUUUUUAAAAUUUAACAUUAUCCAUACACCAAAAAUCACUUCUUUAAGAGGAUUGAAGAAGUAUCUUUAGACCAAAGCAUAAAAAAUAAACUCACUGAUUUUCAUAAUCAAUAAAUUAAUGAAUUUUAUGAAAAAUAUUCUAAAGAUUAUUUACCAUUAUUUGUAUAUUAUAAACCUUCUUCUUCUGAGGACUAGAAGCAAAAAUUUAGAGAGUUAGUGGAUAGUUAUUUUAAUUAAAAACACUAAGAAACAAUUCAUUAAAAAUCUACGAGUAGAAAUCAAGAUUAGAUUAUUAGAGCACAAUAAACACCUAUGAAUUCGUAAAUAAACUAGACCAUAAACUAGAGUGAAAUAUCUAUAGAGUAGUAGAGAUAAUAAAAUAUAAAUGAUUUAUCAAAACUGACAGAUAAUUAUAAUAACACUGAUAAGAAUAAAGGAUAUUUGAAGGAUAAUAAAGACAUAGUGAAUAGUAAUGUUUAAGAUAAGACAAAAAUAAUAUAAUAAAAUGAGAAUAAAAAUAUUUAAAGCUCAAAUCAAUAAAAUCAAUUUGAUGAAUAGAAUUAAAGUGAUGAUGAUCCAGAAGGAGGCUAGUUGCAUGAACCUGUAGUUAUAAAUACUUUGAAAGAUAAAUAAAAUUCAAACAAGAAUUAAUAAAAUGAAUCAGAAAACUCAUCUAUUAUGAAGCAACAACCAAUAAAUAAAAGUGAGCAAUACAAAACAAUCUUAUAUAACAAUACAUCUAGUGAAUAAGACAACAAGAAAAUUAAUUUUAAUUCUAAAAAGACAGAAACUAAAGGAAAACCUUAGUCAAAAAAAAAUGGAUUUUAAUCUGAAUAAGAUUGUACAAACACAUCUAAUGAAAAUAUCAAAAUUAAAUAAUAUUAAAUGUAAAAUCUUCCUGUUGUUGAAGAAUAUCCAGGGAAAAUAAAAUAAAAAUAACAAUCUUAGCAUUAAUAAUCAAAUUAAGGAAAUAAUUAAUUAUAAAAAAAUCAGUAAGAUGAGAGAAAUAGUCAUUUAAAUAAUAAUAAAAAAUAUAAUUAAGAGGUUUAAUAUGUAAAAAAGCAAAGCAAUUCAUAAAAUAGCAAUUUUUAAGCAAAUAGUUAAAAAUAAAUAUCAAAAAACUAAAACUUUAUUUAUGAGAAAAAAUAAAAAAGCAACCAGAAUCAAGAACAAAAGCAAGAAAAUUUACACAAUAGUCAAGAUGUUGAAGUUGAAGAUAACGAUUAAAAUUUAAUUGAUUCAAAUAAAUAAAAUUCUUCAUAAAACUCACCUUCUCAAUAAAAAAAUGACAAAGUUUAAGGAAAGUAUAAAUAAUAAGAAUUUAAUUAGUGUUAAUCAAUAACUCCAUAAUAAAGCAAUCAAACGGAUAUUACUCAUGAAUAGGAUGAAGGAAAAGAAAAAAGAAGAAAAUAUGUAAGAAAAAGCAAUAGAACAGAUGAUAAUUUUAAUUAAUAAACAUAAAAUAUUUAAUAAUAGCAAUCAUAAAAUUUGAAUAAAUAUAAUUAUAAUAUGCCAUAAGAAGAAUAAAAAUACUAAUAAAAUCAAGUUUAAGUAAGAAAAUAUGAUAAUAAAGGGUUUAAAAGAGAAAAUGAUUAUCAAUAAAUUGAAUAAGAAAAUAAUAAUAUUUAUGAAAAUUCUUCAGAUUAAAAUUAUUAAGAAGAUAAUUAGUAAAAUGUUAAAAGAAAGUAUAAAAAAAGAAUUGAUAAUGAUCUAUAAGAAUAAUCAUAGCCUACUCACACAAGAGGUAAUAGAAUAAGAAAAGGCAAUGCUUAAAAUGAUAACUAAUUUUAAAAUAAGAAUAAUAAUUUUAAUGGAAAAAACCAUCAUAAUGAUACCAAUAAUAAAUAAUAUAAUGGUGAAUAUUAACAUGACAGAAGACCAGUAAAUGAAAACUUUAAGUCUAGCAAUUAAUAGUAUUAAAAACAAUAUGGUAGAAGAAAUUAUGAUGGAGACAAUGAAUAUUAAAAUGAUUUUUACGAUUAAAAAAAAGAUACAAAUGAAAUUUAAGAAGUUCCAUAAAUAAGAAAUUAAAAAAAUGCAGGAAGAGGAACAAGAACAAAAGGAAAUGAUAAUAAAUACUUCUAGCAAGGAAAUUAAGAAUAGCCCGAUGAAAUUAACUAAUAAGAUAAUAUUCAAUAAGAAAAUUAAGGAGAUAAUGAGUAAGAAACUUAUCAAAGAAGAGGAACGAGAACAAAAGAAAAUGAUAAUAAAUAUUGCUAACAAGAAAACUAAGAAUAGCCUAAUCAAAGUAAUUAAUAGGAUAAAAUUCAAGAAGAAAAUUAAGAGUAGCAAACUUAUCAAAGAAGAAUAUAUAAAAAGAAAAAUAAUGAUGAUUAAGCAAAAGCAGGAAGAGGAACAAGAACAAAAGAAAAUGAUAAUAAAUAUUAGUAACAAGAAAACUAAGAAUGGCCCAAUGAAAUUAAUUAAUAAGAUAAUGUUCAAGAAGAGUAGGAAACUAAUCAAAGAAGAUAUGGUAAAAAUUAUGAUAAUGACAAUUAAAAAAAUACAGGAAGAGGAACGAGAAUAAAAGAAAAUGAAAAUAAAUAUUACUAACAAGAAAACUAAGGUUAUCAUAAUGAAAUUAAUUAAUAAGAUAAUAUUCAAGAAUAAAAUUAAGAGUAGGAAACUUAUCAAGGAAGGUAAGGUAAAAAUUAUAAUAAUGACAAUUAAAAAAAUACAGGAAGAGGAACGAGAAUAAAAGAAAAUGAUAAAAAAUAUUACUAACAAGAAAACCAAGAUUAUCCUAAUGAAAUUAAUUAGUAAGAUAAUAUUCAAGAAGAAAAUUAGGGAGAUAAAGAGUAGGAAACUAAUCAAAAAAGAAAAUAUAAAAAGAGAAAUUAUGAAGAUUAUUAGGCAUAGCCUUAGCCAAAAAAUAUGAGAGGAAAUAGAUAUUCUUAAAAUGAUAAUUAUUAAGACUAAAAUAGAAAAAAACAUCAGUAUAAUUAAGAACAUUAGGAUGAAAAUGUAAAUAAUUUCUAAUACGAAAGAAAUUAAACUAUGAGAGGAAAUAGAUAAAAUCCUUAAAAUGAUAAUUAUUAAGACUAAGAUAGAAAAAAACAGAGAUAUAAUUAAGAACAUUAGGAUGAACAAGUAAAUAAUUUCUAAUACGAAAGAAAAUAAAUUUAAAAUCAAGAAAUUCAUUUAGAUUCAAUAGAUUUAGAUAAUACCUAUGCAGGUUUACAUCCGUAAAGGUAUUAGACUAUCAAAUAAGAUGGUAAAUAUACCUCAGGUAUUAAUAACUUUGAUCCUAGUUCAAAUAGAAACAAUAAUAGAUAUAAUGGCUAAAUAAAAGAGUAUGAUAGGACUAAAAAUUAAAAACCAAGAAAUAAUUCAAUAAACAAUAGAAAUGAAUAAAGAGAUCAAAAUUAAAGGUAAAAUUAAGAGAGCAGAUAAAAUGGCUAUAGCAACAAUUACAACAAAACAAAUGAAUAAAACUAAAACUAGUAUUAAAAUGAGGUCUAAACUUAUAAGAGAGGUAGUGGUUCAAAGAGCAAUUAAUAUAGUUAGGAUAGAUAAACCGAUUUAAGUUAAAUGGAAUUAACUAUCGAAUAGUUAAUGUUAGUUAAAAGCUAUUAUGAGGGAAAAAAGCCUUCUGAAAUAAAUAUCUUAAGCAUACAAAAUUCAAAUGAAAAAGAACUUAUUAAAAUAGAGUUCUAAGAUUCAGAAAAAAAUUAACUCAAAGCAUUUUAAUAAAUCAUAAGUUCAUUCAAUUUGUUUAAAAUUCAAAGCUAAUUAGAAAAGCUUGAGGAAUUCCAUCUUAAAUGCAAAAAUGUUUGUAAGUACUUAGUUAGUUAAAUCAAAUUGAAAAAUCCUAAAUUUAUCUCUAAGGAUGACAUUAUAGAAAAUUUAAAUUAUAGCUAAGAUAAUCUCAAAGAAAAAAUUGUAAAGAAUAAACUAUUCUAAUCACAUAGCUAUUUUAUAGGUGUUAAAGAAAAUAAGGACAUCAAACAAAUCGAGAAUGGCAUAAAGGAUGAUUUAUAGUAGAUUAUUGAUUUGUUUUUAUUCCCAUUAGAAAAGUACUAUUAAGUUUUAAAUGUUAAUAAUUAUGAAGAAUUAUAACAUUACUUAGACGAUUGGAAUAAUAGACAUGAUAAUUAUUUUAUAGGUUUUUAAGAUGAUAAAUUAGCUAAUAAGGUUAUAUUAAGUUUGCACACCUUUUCAAAAAUUUAAGAAAGCGAAAAUAUAAAAAAAGAAUAUAAAAAAUAUCUAGAAAGGUAUUUCAAUGCAUUUGGUUUUAUUAUCUAAAAUUAUUCGAUGAAAGAUAUAGCUAUUACUAUGAAAAAAUAAUACAUUACAGGAGAAAAUUCUAAUAUUUAAAUAAGUUUGUUUGAAUGCCUAGCUAGUAACAUACCAAAAGAAGACAUAAAUAGUUUGAGUGAUUCAUAAAAAUAUAACUUUUACUAAAAAAUUAAAUAAAAUAAGCUAAAAAUAGAUAAUUAAGAUACUGAUGAUUCAUAUUCAUCUGAUAAAAAAAUUAUUUUAUCAAUUAAAUGUUGUAAGAAUGAAGUUAAAGCAAUAAUUAAUGAAAUAUAAAGAUUUUUCUUAGAACUCAUUCCUGAGCAAAUAACUAUUUAACUGUUUAUAGAAAGCUUAAAUGGUAUAAAUCCUCCAAGCGAUUAAAAAUAGUAUAGUAUAUAUUUAAAGCAUCUUUAAAAAAUAUAUAUGCAAGACUUAAAGAGAUUUAUACUUUACAAGAAAAUGUUUACAAUAGCUUUUGAUGUGAAACUAGAAAGCAACAAAUAAAUUAUUUUUAGUUUAUAUAGUUGUGAGAAAGAAAAAUAAAAGAUAUUACCAUAAUUAAUUGAUGUUAUUAAUUAAACAUCAAAGAGAAUUAAAGUUAAAGAAUGCAAAUUUUCAUUACAAUAGCUAUUGAAAUUUUUGCAAGAUGGUAAAAAUAUUUUUUAGCCAAUUUAAUACGAUUUCUAAAAUUAAUCUUAAUGCUCUGAUGAUCUUAAUAUCAGCAACGGCUCUAUAGGUAAGAGCAACCCAAAUUUUGUAGAUUUCAAAAAUAAAUACAAUAUUGGUGUUUUUGAACAAAACCAUGGUAAUUGUUACAUUUUAGGAUUAGAAAGCGAUUGCGAAGCCUCUUUCAUGUUCCUAAAGACUCAUUUAGAUCCAUGUUACUUUUACAAAAAAAGUUACACAAAGAGUUUUAUAGAAUAAGAUCAAGUUUAAGGUAAACUUGAUUUCCUAGUUGCUAAGAAACUAAUUUUACCUACUUACAAUAACAGUGAUCUACCUGUGCAAUAUAGAACAUAUGAAAUAAAAAUCUUUGAAGAUUAAUAUGCUUUUUCAUAUUACUCAGAUCAUAUUUCUGAAUUUAAAAAAGAAUUUAAAGAAUUAUUAAAGCUCGAAUUAAGCAAAAUAGAAAAAUACAAUUUUACAUUUGAAUUACAAAAGUAAUCCUAAUAUGAAAGAUUAAAAUAGGAAUAAGUGAGAGAAUUAUUUUUUGAAAGAUUUGGUGCUGUUUAUAUUUUAGCUGAAAAAUUUACAUAAGAAAAGAAAAACAAGACUGUAAUCUUUAAAUUAUUAAAUAAAGAUAAAUUAAUUAGAUGUAAAAGUUACAUCUCAAAUCAUAUUAAUAGUCUCUGA